AUGGAUAGCGAUGAGUAUAAAAAAGAAGUUGAAGCAAAUGUAAAGGCAGAAAAACUUUUACAGUUGCAAAACCAAACCGUACAGUAUGAAAACUUAGCACAAGAAAGUAAAAAUAACGACGCAGCCAUGCAAAAGGCAAUGAAAAGCGCAGAAUAUAUAAAAGCUAAUAAUGACUGGUUAGAUGCCCAAGCCAACGCCAAAGCAGCCCAACUUAUAGGGUCAAUAAGGACAAAAAUACAAGCGGAUGAAGACAGUUCAAAUGAAGCUUUAAUGAAUGCUGACUUUAAGAACGCCUUCGAAGCUCUUCAUAGUAAGGUGAAACUAGUGAACGACUUCUCAUCUGGAAAGAAACUGAAGUCUGAAGGUUUCGACAAAGAGUUAAGAGAAGUAGCACAAAAUAUGACGAAAAUAACAGAUGCAGCAACGAGACAGGCAGUUCAAAGUGCCUAUGACGCCGUUAGAGCAACUGUUGUGGAAAGUCAAGAAAAAGAGUUACAACAGACCAAAACAGACCUAGUAAAUGCUUUCUUAAGAACGAAAAGUCAGGUAGGACAUUAUGCUGCAGAUGGAACAUAUGUGCCAGCUGGUGGAACUUAUAUACCAGCUGGUGGAACUUAUAUACUAGCUAGUGGAACUUAUAUACCACCAAACCCUCCAAGAGAAGCACCUGCACCAGGACUACCUAAAACAUUUACAUCGUCACAUGGACACAGACACAGGCAUGCACCAAAACAACAACAACAACCAACAGUUCAAAAUCCAGCACCACAACCAACAGUUCAAAACCCAGCACCACAACCAACAGUUCAAAACACUGCACAACAACCAACAGUUCAAAACCCUGCACAACAACAACCACAAACAGAGCAAGGACAUAAAAGAAGUAGAGAACAAGGAAACCAAGAAUUCUUAAAAAUGCUUAAGGAAAAUUAUGGUUACCCAGAUACUCUUGACUUUAGUGACAGAUAUAAAGAAGCUAUUAGAAA